UCUCUCUGAGUCUUCGCGUCCCCAAGCACACCGAGUUUUUGAUGGCGCCGACGAGAACCGGGUGGCAAGGCGGCGGUCGGGGUGUGCCCAGGAUUGGACCAGGAAGAGGCGCUGGAGCAUGCAGAUGGCGACUCACUGCGCUACAAUGUGUGCUGCUGCAAUCGCGGUUUCUCGCGUGGCUAGGCUAGAACGCUCGACUCUUGUCAACGCUCCUCUUGCCAGCGCAUUUGGCAUCCUGAUCGCGCCCUAUGUCAAGUCAACACUACCUAGAACGAGCCUGCCUAGAUCAGUCAUGGCGCGGUUACCGAUCACCCCGAAUUACUACCUACUCAUACUGGAGCUCGGUCUGCUCUCGUACUUCGCAAACUUCGCCACCCAGGACUCUAGCCGGCCCAUGCUAGACUCCAACGCGACAGGCCUAUCCCUCGCUCUUAGGAUAAUGUGGAGCCGGCUUGAAGAUGUUCGGCAAAACGGGAAGAUGCCAGCGUUACACCUUGAUAUUGCGUAUCUUCCAAAGGACUUCGUUUUUUUUUACGCAGGAAGCCAGACAUUUCGAUACGCAGUCGCUACGGUAGCUGUGUCGUAUCUAGCCGCAGUCAACUCACGCAAAUCUCGGAUUGUCUUCGUAUGGGUUGUCUUCGAGCAUCUCACUUGGAUUCCAUCCCUUCUUAGCUACAUCUACGGAGCGUCGAAAAGCCUCACUCCUCUCCUACCGUUGCUGGAGCAGUUGUUCUCGGCGUCGACAUCCCCUGCAGUGUUUCUAGGGGGAAAUGACAUCUGGACGCUUUUGCAUUCCUCAAUGAGUGAAGCUGUUGUUCAGAGACUUGCGUUUGCCGGACUCCAACUUCUAUUCGCGGCGACAUGGCUGAUGAAGACAGCUAGGCUGGUUUCCCUUUUGCUCAAACUCGGUGAAACGGGAAGAAGUAACAGGGGCGACGAUUCGUGAGGGAUAACAGAACAGAUUCAGCCUUUGUGAAUUUAUCGCUGAGAAAUCCUCCGCCGGCCGGUUCAGGCUUCUCUUCGCCUGUAGACCGGUGUUAUUUUCAAAAGACCCUCUGACGAUUCGUUCAUCCAAAAGGCUCCUCAGGUAGCCACGUUUUUGGUAUUUGCUUGCCUUCGUUUCAGUUGGCAUUGCUUAUACCACCGUUGAUCUCUUGCUUAGUGUCACUAGAAACCAGUCCAGACCCCGCACUGGUGAUGUAUUGAUUAGUUGCCGUUUUUCGGCUCCUCAUUUCUAGACGGCAAUCGCUCUAGGCCGUCUGCGAACUUCGCAUGGAACGGGACAGUUUAAGAAUGAUGCGCUUGACCGGACUAGUUCGACUCAACCUGUUGGGUUUGCGCCGAACGAUGUGUCUACAGUGUUGACUGCUGCUCUCAG